AUGCCUCAGGACGCUGGUCGGUCCACGGGCAUCGUGACGACGACUCGAGUGACUCACGCAUCCCCCGCCGGCAACUACGCGCACACUGCCGAGCGACACUGGGAGAGCGACAAUGAUGUAGAAGAUUAUAACGCCGACCCAGACGCGUGCGAUGACAUCGCUGAGCAGCUCGUGCUCGGCAACACCGGCUCAAAAAUCAAGGUGAUCAUGGGCGGAGGUCGCAAGAAGUUCCUACCUAAGGACGCCAUAGAUCCUGAAGGUGAAACCUCCGGCAGACGAAAGGACGACAAGAAUCUCAUCGACACGUGGAUCAACCAGAAGAACCUGCUGGGCACGAACAGCUACGUGUGGAACAGGGACCAGCUCUUCACAGUGGACACGGCCAAUACAGACUACCUCUUAGACGUCGAUAACGGAGGCUUGGAAACUUCGUAA